GCGGUGUCUGCAGCCGCCCGCGCCCCGGCGCGCUCGGGCUCGGCCAUGGAGCUGCCAGCUGUCGGCGAGCACGUCUUCGCGGUGGAGAGCAUCGAGAAGAAACGGAUCCGCAAGGGCAGAGUGGAGUAUCUGGUGAAAUGGAGAGGCUGGUCCCCCAAAUAUAACACGUGGGAACCGGAGGAGAAUAUCCUGGAUCCCCGGCUGCUGAUCGCCUUCCAAAACAGGGAACGGCAGGAGCAGCUAAUGGGAUACCGGAAGAGAGGGCCAAAGCCCAAGCCGCUGGUGGUUCAGGUACCCACCUUUGCCCGGCGCUCCAAUGUCCUGACAGGCCUCCAAGACUCCUCUGCUGACAACCGGGCCAAGCUGGAGCUGGGCACCCAGGGCAAGGGCCAGGGGCACCAGUACGAGCUCAACAGCAAGAAGCAUCACCAGUACCAGCCACACAGCAAGGAGAGGUCUGGCAAGCCGCCACCACCAGGCAAGAGCGCCAAGUACUACUAUCAGCUGAACAGCAAGAAGCAUCACCAGUACCAGCCCGACCCUAAGAUGUACGAUCUGCAGUACCAGGGUGGCCACAAGGAGGCAUCCAGCCCCACCUGCCCGGACCUGGGCGCCAAGAGCCACCCCCCUGACAAGUGGGCCCAUGGUGCAGCAGCCAAGGGCUACCUGGGGGCAGUGAAGCCCCUGGCUGCAGGGGCUGGAGUGCCAGGAAAGGGCUCUGAAAAGGGUCCUCCCAACGGGCUCACGCCGGCGCCCAAGGAGGCGGUGACUGGGAAUGGGAUUGGGGGCAAGAUGAAGAUCGUGAAGAACAAGAACAAGAACGGGCGCAUUGUGAUUGUGAUGAGCAAGUACAUGGAGAACGGCAUGCAGGCCGUGAAGAUCAAGUCCGGGGAGGCGGCGGAGGGCGAGACUCGCUCCCCGGGCCACAAGAAGCGAGCAGUGGAGGAGCGCCACGCCCCAGCCGACAGGACUUUUAAGAAAGCCGCGUGGGGGGGAGCCGAGGAGAAGAAGGCCGAAGUGCCCUGCAAACGCAGGGAGGAGGAGGCUCUGGGCCCCGGGGACUCGCAGGCUCGCGACCCAGGCUCCCGGAAGCACUCCCCAGCCAAGGAGGCCUUUAGUGAGCAGCCACUGCAGCUCACCACCAAGCCGGACCUGCUGGCCUGGGAACCGGCCCGGAGCUCACACCCGCCCGCCCACCACCACCACCCCCACCCCCACCACCCCGCGGUCGGCCUGAACCUCACCCACGCACGAAAGCGCUGCCUCUCCGAGACCCACGGGGAGCGGGAGCCGUGCAAGAAGCGGCUGACCGCCCGCAGCAUUAGCACGCCCACCUGCCUGGGGGGUAGCCCGGUGGCCGAGUGCCCCCCUGAUGGGUCACCGCCGGCGACCACCACCACCGCCGCCGCCGCCACCACCACCACCACGCUCCCGCAGCCCGAGGUCAUCCUGUUGGACUCAGACCUGGACGAGCCCAUAGACUUACGCUGCGUCAAGACGCGUAGCGAGUCGGCUGCGGCUCCGCCCAGCUCCCUCCAGGUGAAACCCGAGGCUCCCUCCGCAGCUGCCAGCACCGUGGUGGCCCCGGUGACAGCCACCGAGAAACUGCCCACGGAGACCCCGGAUGAGCCCAUAGAGUCGCUGAGCGAGUUCAAGCCCUUCUUUGGGAAUAUAAUAAUCACUGAUGUUACCGCGAACUGCCUCACGGUCACAUUCAAGGAGUAUGUGACCGUGUAGCCUGAGGGAGUCGGAAGGGGCCAGCGCCGGCCACCGGCCUGAAAGCCUGCAGCCACCGGAAAGCUCCCGGGGAGAUGCUCUAGCCCGAAGAGCGGGUGGCCUUCCGGGGCACCGCGGGUGAUGACUGCAGGGUGCUUUUGGACUUCCCUGUCAGUGAGGUGCCUGCAUUCUUAACACCACAAGCCCCUUCUCCACAAGAGACCCUUCCCCCACCCCCUCCUCCUCCUCCUCCUCCUCCUCCUCGUGGACCGAACUGACCCGGAAGCCCCGGCAGUCUCAGAGUUAUAGUAUUAUAUUUUAACCGUGCUAACGUGUCCAGUGCUGACUCUACUCCCGUUUGUACGUGGUGUUAUUAAAAUGUAUUGUUUGAGCUCAAAAGGCCUGAUGACCCCCUUCGGGCUGAUAUAUAUAUAUAUACAUAUAUAUAUAUUAUAUAUAUAUUUAUUUGUAGGUAUUUAUAUAUUGAAAUAUAAAAACCUAGAUUUAUGGAGUUUCCUCUAGAUCAUGUUAUAUUCUAUAUCAGACAAAUUAUUUUCUGUUCGCCUUCCCUUCAUUCAGUAUUUCGGUUGAUUUAUUUCCUCCCUCCAGGAACUGCAAUACCAGUAAUCUUGGUAUAUAUUUUUUGAUACUGUACACAUGGAUGUGUUGUUUCUAUGUGCAAAAAAAAAAAAGUUUGUUAAAAGGCUAAACGAGCUCUCUAGAAUCUGCUGCUACUAGAAAUGUCUAAACUAUAAGCUUCCAAUUAUUACCUGCUUGAAUGUAAAUAUUAAAUGGAGAUGUUGAAGGUG